CUCCAAACCCUAGUCUCAGAGCAGCCGCAUCCACAACCUGCCUCUCUCGUCCCCUGGCGGCGUCCGCGGCAGGAUGGCGGAAUCUACGGCGAGGACGGUGAAGGAUGUCAACCCGCACGAGUUCGUCAAGGCCUACUCCGCCCACCUCAAGCGCUCCGGCAAGAUGGAGCUCCCUGAGUGGGUUGACAUUGUGAAGACUGCGAGGUUCAAGGAGCUUCCUCCUUAUGAUCCUGACUGGUACUACAUCAGGGCUGCAUCCAUUGCAAGGAAGAUCUACCUAAGGCAAGGCAUCGGUGUGGGUGGCUUUCAGAAGAUCUACGGUGGCCGCCAGAGGAAUGGCUCCCGCCCACCACACUUCUGCAAGAGCAGUGGUGCUGUUGCACGCAACAUCCUGCAGCAGCUGCAGAUUAUGGGCAUCAUCGAUGUCGAUCCCAAGGGUGGACGCCUCAUCACCAACCAGGGAAGGCGUGAUCUGGACCAAGUGGCUGGAAGGGUCGCUGUUGAAGCGUGAGCAGUGUCAUCUUUGGUUUCAAUGGUGUCAUGUUUGAUGGUUGAGAAGGCUGCGCUCUAUUUGCUCUUUUGGGUUAGGAUUUUCGAGUUCAGAGGACUUUAAGGUUUAUUGCAUCUAGCUAUGGCGCCACACUAUGUUCCCCGAGUACCUAAUGUGAUAUCAAGACUCAAUUCUCGAAUCUAAGAUAUAUGUUUG